CUAGAGGAUGCCCUACUUGAUUGGAUUAGUUUUCGUGAAAUCGUUUCGGGCUUGAACUGCGCAGCAGAAUCUCAGUCCGGUCCUCUCACCUUCUCUCUUUCUCUCUGGGCAAGGAAUAAAGUAGCAAACAGCCCUUACUGAACUUCAAACAUUUAGAUCCCUUAUGAGUUAAAUUUGUAUUGUUAGUGCGUUUUAUUCUUAUCUAUUUUAAAUUAUCUAUUCUGUUAAUUGCAUUUUCCUCCAAUUUACCAAUGAAAAAGCACAAUAUAGUUUAACACGCUGAUAUGAUAUGCUUUUAAAACAACGUACUGUAGUUUAAUGAUUAAUUUACUUGCGUUAGCAUUUUGCAUUUGUUUAAUGUACGCAUGGAAAUCAGACCUUUUUACAGGCGCACAGUAUUUAUGCCUGACGCAGGUGACGACUUAUCAUGGAGAUUUUGAAUAGUAGGAACCUUACGCAGCGCUACUACAGGCUUUACACAGGAGGCUUGGGCGGAUGGGUGUGCCCGGUUCCUCGUGUUCAAAAUCUGCGUGACAAGUCUCAAGACCUGGAUGACAAGUUAUCACUAUCGUCCGGUAUAUAUACGGCACACGGCGCUCAUUUCACCGCAGCCACGCCAAGACCACAGACCAAGUCACCGGGGGACCACGGGAACAGAUUGGGACAACAUGACUGGCAUCGUCGAAAACUCCACGCCAAAGACCGACAGCGAGUGCUACCCUAUUGAAGGCGACGUUGGGUGUGCAGACCUGGCGAAUCAAGGGCCUCUGAAACUGAAAAUCAAGCCAAACAAGAAUAACAGGAAGGGUGCUGUAGACGUGUCUUUGAGGGUGGUUUUCUCAAGUCGUGCUACACGUAUACUGUUACUCUGCUGCUGCUACCGCUUAUCAUGACAGUGACGUACAUGACGUACAGUUGUUAUAACGAAAACGUGGAAUACGGCGCUCAAGUCGAUAUCGUCAGCUGCGCCGACUUAGGAGCAGGGAUGUUUUGUCCAGCCAACUGUCAAUCUCCCGUCUAUUCAGUAUGUCCCCAAGGUUACCAGGAAAAUGGACUGCCCCCCGCCAUUCUCCGAUGUCCCCGAGGAACUGUUUGCUCCGCCCCUAAAGAGGGCGUAGUUGGGUGCGUGGAUAAAGGCGCCUGCUAUAAUACGGAUGGCGGUGCACCUGCAGCUGCCCCGUUCCUUAACCGUGUGGAUGUUGACCAGGAACGGAAAGGAAAACCCAACAGCCCAUAAAAAGUAGGAGCGAUGGCCAAAGACAGUCGACCUUAGCUAUGGGACAGGACAAGAAUGAGCAGUUAAUAUUGCUUGAUUAAUUAAAUCGUCGAAUCGACACGAAACACUUUGUAGUAUAUCUGCAUAAUAAUAGGCAUCAUAUUGGUGAGUGUACGGCUGGAUUUCUAUAGACGCCAGACGCUUCUUUCAACUCGCAGUAAGCUCUCAACUCAACUUCAAUUUUUACUUAGGUCGGUAUAUUUCAAAAUUGUAUAUAAAACUAUUUCGUCUUCGACCUCUACUGGACUUACCGUACUUGGGUUUUGGCAUGAGAAUAACUAAAUGAUUGAUAAUUAAAGUAAAUAAGUGAGUUGUACACUCCAGAAUAUGAAAACUAGCCUCGUGAUGAACAUACAUAUAUCUACAAUUUUCUCACAUUUAAGAACUUGACAGUAUUUUGUUGUUGUUGUUUUCCCACGUGUAUGUAUACACCUUGU